AUGGAUGGCCCUAUCCACUUGGUUCUUGUGUCUGGAGUUGCUGGGUCUCGUGCAGGAGAAGACGGAGAUCCCAAGAAGUUUCUCAUUGAACGAUUUCCGAAGUGUCUCCUCGACGAAUUCUGCCUCUUAGGCGGCUCCGUCACCAGAAGGCGACUUUUGUACCACAGAUCCAGCUUGCUACUAGAACAACUACGGAACUCGCGAAGCUCUCAGAACGUCUCACAUGUCUUUUUCGGCGCACCGCAUAGAGCAACUGGGCAAAACACCUGGGAGCAUAUGUGCUCGCGCCUCAUUCUGAUGUUUGUGCCACCACCAGAGUAUCCCGUCAAACUUGUUCAACGCUUAGCGGGCGGAUUGGACGGCCUUGACGCAAGUUUCCGCACAAUAUCUAGCAGUUUUGACGUUGUCAACUUUUACGAGUCAAGUAGACAUCCCUCAGAUGAGACGGACGUCCCCUGUGACACUACACACGAGGAGCUCUGGCGGUUUUAUCCUGGGGAACCCGUAGCCGAGGAGCUGUACCAACGGAUCCUUGCAACGAGAAACAGCAGAAAUUUGCUACUAUAUGACUUCUUUCGACAUCUAUCACUCCUUGACUCCCAGAUCCAUCGGUUGAGGCCAACCUUUGUAACAUCGACCCAAGUGGACUGGAUCUGCGACAACAAUGCUGUCAUGUCCUGGAGAAGCGACCCCUCGGUAGGGAUUCUACGCAUUAGCGGACCUUCAAGCUCUGGUCCAACUGCAGUAGCGGCACGGAUUCUGGGGAUGCUCCUAGAGAAAACAGAUCUCAAAAGAACCGUAUAUCUCAGCUUCUCGUUCGACAAGAAUAAUAUUCGUGCCCGUGCUCCAUUCGAUCUUUAUCUUUCACUAUGUCGUCAACUUCUCUCUUCUCGGCCAGGUUACUUUGAACAUAUUUCACCUGUUGCCAAGUUCCUUACCAAAGAUGGCGUUUGUACUACGGAGACCCUGUGGGUUAUGGUCCGAUGCCUGAUGAGUCACUUACUAGACGACCAAAGUGUCUCGGUAUACUGCAUCGUUGAUGGCGUAGACCAGUGCAGCACCUUCCAAAAGGAGACGAUCAACCGCAUGGAGGGAUUCAUUGGACCGUCAAAAGGCCGAUUCAAACUUCUCCUCUCAGGGUCCUUGGUGGCACUGCAAUCAACUUGCGAGUCGACAAAGUACCAGGACGUUGCUCUUGAGUCAAGCAGUGAAAACAUGUUGUUCGCGAAAGAGCAACAUGUCCGGGGCAGGAUCAACGAGUUGGCACUUGACAACUCUGCAUGGGACGGGCUCGAAAAACUGGCGACCGAAAUGUUGGGAGAACUGCCCAAAGACUCGCCGUAUUUAUUGGUCAAGCUUAACAUGGUUUUGCUCGAGUGGACUGGCAGACAUUCGACAAGAAAGUCCCUGAAGAAGGCACUCAAACAACAACCCACAACACUCGAUGGAUUCUAUAACCGUGCACUGAGCUCCAUAGAUGAGGCAAACUGCAACUGGGUGACUGCAGCUCUUCGAUGGGUUGCCUUUGCAGUUCGACCCCUGAGACCGACUGAGCUGGCGGUAGCCGUGGCGCUUGACGAAAUCCCAGGGGGGUACCCUUGGACCACAGACUUUUCGUCCGACGAUUUUAGUGAUUUGAUCCGCCGAGACAUUAUUGGAGAUUUGAAGCAGCAUAUGGUACCGCUCUUGAAGGUGGAAGACAACCGAGUCUAUUUCAUCCACGACACCUUUCGAGCUUACCUCGUAGAAACAGUAUUUGCUUCCAGCCUGCCGCAGACAGAGAAUGAUACUCCGUCACAAAAAGAAGAAGAAGAGGACCUUCUCUUCUAUUGUCUCGAAUAUGUGAGGGGUUUCGGCAAACGAGGCGCAGAAUCUUUCAUUUGCGAAGACGGCAUCCUGACCUCCCUCCCUGCUGACUGGGACUUGGGCCUACUUAGCUAUGCAUCUCUGCAAUGGCCUCGCCAUUUUCGACAAACAACCACCAAGUCCGAAGCUCAGAGCUUUCUACUCCAGUUUCUCCAAGGUGGCGAGGGGGUGAAGACGUGGCAAAAUCUUCACCAUCUGCUGAAUCCAUUGCAUAAGAGAAUCAAUACCUCGCUGAACAGCCCUCUCAAAAUAGUGUGCAACUUUGGACUUGCAGAGCUGGUCGAUCGUUGCAUCGGUCUCUUGGCGCCUACCGAGGACCCAAAAGUCCAGAUGCGCGAGUCACUUAACCUUGCAGCCAGAAACGGCCAUGACAAUGUUGUUCGAAAUUUGCUUGACAAAGGCGUCAGAUCACCAGAGGCCCUUGGUCUAGCCGCUAGAGGGGGCUUCGAGAAUGUCGUUGAAACCCUGCUUUCCGUUGGUUUCGACCUGAACUAUAUAGACGAGACAAGGUAUGCGCCACUCCAUCACGCUACUUGUGGUGGCCACACGCAAAUCGUCUCGUUGCUUUUGGAAAAGGGGGCCGAUAUCAACGUUCUUAUAUCACCCAUUCCAAGCCAGGAGCUUUCGAAAUUGAUCCGUGAGCAAAACCGCCUUACUCGACAGUCAAGCUACCCCGAGUCGGAUUCAGACUCCGACUUGGACGUCGAUGACCUGAAACUGUCUCCAACGGGGACUGAGGCCAACGUGUUAGCCCACCUAGCCUGGUCUGAAUCGAGCUUACAUCUGGCAGCACUCACUGGGCAACUGGGAAUUGCCGAGCUGCUACUCGAGAGAGGUGCCGAUGUACAUAUAGAGAAUUCUACAGGAUACGGACCCUUGAGCUAUGCAGCAAUAGGGGGAUUCCCAGAGCUACUAUACCUACUUCUGAGGGAUAGAAGUGAUGGCCUAGAGAAGGUGAGUGUAGACAAAGUAUCCACGUCAGAUAGAAACACUGCACUACAUCUUGCGGUUACGUGCGGUCAUACCGAGGCAGCUGGGAUCCUUUUACGACAUAGCAAGGACGCUCCCGAGCUUGCCCAAACAGCGAACAUCCACCACUUGACCCCUAUUCAUAUCGCGGCGCGACAGGGACAUGUCAGUCUCCUGAACUUGUUAGUCGACAAGACGGACAAGAAGCAAGACACAGAGAGCAUUGACAGCACAGACAAGGACGACCAGCAAAUGUCACCCAUAGAGUUUGUAAUACCCCCGGGAAACCCUUCCACAAGUUCUCGCCGACAUACUCGAAGACGGUCCCGCCGCAAGUCGACUUCAAGGCGCUCCCCAGAACGGAGAAGCAGGCCUUCUUCCGCGGCCCCGACUCCCAUCACCGUUCGGGAAGACCGACCCAAAUCAGCGCUGGAAUUAGCUGCUGGGAAUGGACACGACCAGGUUGUACGUGCCUUGCUUGAACGUAAAACCUGGAGCAGGCCGCGGGAUCGUGCAUUGGCUCUCAAUCUGGCAGCUAUGAAUGGACAUAGCAAAGUUGUCAAGACUCUUCUUGAGACCCUUGCCGGUGACAUCUUGGCCCCUGCUGCCGUCGAUUCUGGUGGGAAAACAGCAAUUCAUCUUGCAGCUGAAGGAGGGCACUCAAAAAUACUCGAAGAGCUACUUGCUCAUCCACGAUCAUUUCCGGUCAAUGCCACCACAAAUGAGGGUAUUGUGCCGCUUCAUAUUUCUGCCAGAGCCGGGCAUGUAAAUGCUAUGAUGGUUCUCAUCCGCCACAAGGCCGAAAAGGAUUUUGUUGAUCAACAUUCCAAAACAGCAUUGCUUCUUGCUGCGGAAAACGGACACCUGUCCUGCGUUGACCAGCUUCUUGAGCAAGGGGCUGAUCACAAAAAGACAGACGACUCGGGAAGGACAGCAUUACACCUUGCGGCGGGGAACGGACACAUGGCGGUUGCCAAGCCAUUAUGCGCAUUCAAAGACAUCAUGUGGACGCAGGACGAAUGCCACUAUACGGCCUUUGACCUGUUGGUGCGCCAUGAGAAAAUCGAAUACGUCGAGGACUUUAUUCAGAUGCUAGAUAAUACUGUCGGUGACGAGACCGAGUCAAACCGAGGAGGGAUCCCACUUCAUAUGGCCGCCAACAUGGGGAAUAUUGACAUGUUGCGGCUCCUGCUUGACAAAGGUUGGAGGCCCGACGUUCGCGAUGCCGAAAGCUUGGCGCCGCUGCAUAUUGCAGUCAUGGAUGCCUUUUUUCCAGGCGUCAAGCUACUUCUUGAACACCCGCUCUGCGAUAUCGCCGCCAAGGAUAGUCUUGGUCGAACGGUAACGCACCUUGCUGGGACAGCGGAGCUAGCGAGCUAUCUCUUAAGCUCUGGGGCUGCAAACGACUUGAAAGACAGCUUCGGCCGAACUCCGUUAUAUCAAGCUGCUUUCGAUGGCCAUGUUGGGGUGGCUGAAGUACUUCUUGACUCAAAACCCAAGCCAAAUAUUGCUACUCGAGAUUCGGAUGGUUGGAAUGUUCUGCACGCGGCAUUUGACAACCCGUCCAUGACCAAGUUGCUGCUGAAGCAUGAUGCGGAACCAAAUGCUCUGACAAAUGAAGGUCUUACACCUUUAGCUCUCGCCAUCCGGGAGAAUUUCAUCAAAACUGCGGAGCUGCUGUUGGGAGCCGGCGCUGAUCCAAACCUCGUGGGUGCCUUCGAGGACCCCCCGCUGAUUUUGGCAUUCGAACAGGAGAACACUCUGCAGCUAAUCAAGAUACUUGCUAGCAGGAGCAAUCGUCUGAAUCUCUUUGCUAAGGGCCCUGAUGGGGACACUGCACUUCGCAUCGCGGCGCGGCGGGGGAAACUCCCUGAGGCCCAAUAUCUGCUCAAGGCACUCGAAGAUAGUGCAACACCUGGCCUCAAAGCCGUGUGUUUUUCAGCUCUCCGCGACUGCGUGUCUUCGUUAGAAUUUAACUCUGAACUGGCAGAGAUGUUUGUCAAACGCGACGUCGAGGGCAUGGUGAACAGAACAUCUGAGCCUCGGCCUACUGCGCUGCACGUGGCAUGUUCCAAAGGCACUAUUGGUGCGGUCAAGUGGCUCCUCGAAAAAGGGGCGUACGUCAAUACUCUGCGAGGAGGGUACAGCGCAUUAUGUGCCGCUGUGGAAAGCGACCAGGAUGCCCAGGAAAAAGUCGAGUUGCUCCUCGAACACGACGCUGAUGUCAAUGUCACCCACGAAAACCAAGCCACCGCUCUUCAGAGAGCAUCAUCCAAAGGAAGGACACAACUUGUCAAGCUGCUCAUCGACAACGGAGCAGACGUUAAUCUCACGGGAGGUGACCUUGAUAGCGUUCUGAAUGCAGCUAUCCGAACUGGGUCAGACUUGGCCACUAUCCAACUCAUAAUCAAGAAAGCAGGCGUCUCCAGAGCUGGGAGAGAUGGCAGGUUACCUAUUCACAUCGCAGCUAUAUCAGACAGGGCCAACGUUUUGCAAGUCCUGGUAAACGCGGGAGCAAAUCCUCUGGCCAGAGACGCAGACGGGCGGUCCGCCCUAAUACACGAAGUUGCAAAUCUCAGCGACGAGGCGGUCGAGUACCUCCUCAGGGAAGGCUAUUUCGAUGCCGAUGAGGUGGACACCAACUCCCAGACGCCUCUUAUCCUUGCUACGAUAUUUGGCUGCAAGACCACCGUCAAGCUCCUCCUCGAAGAAAAGGGCUUCAGCAAGCCCGAGGUACUCAAUGCUCAGGAUUAUGAAGGCAAGACGGCCCUGGUGCGUGCAGCGGCUCUAGACCAUCUCGAAAUUAUCGAGGAGCUGUUGGAAAGGGGCGCAGACCCGUGUCUUGUCGACUGCCGUGGCCGCAGCGCGCUCUAUUGGGCUGCGCGCGGAGCACGGAUGGAGACGCUUGGGGUUGUCAUCAGGGCCCUGGAAGAGCGAGAUGAUCAGCCCGCGGACCUCUGGAACGUUGCUGUUCACGGAGCUAUUGCAUCCGAUAGGCCGUAUGCUCUCGAAAAACUCCUCGAGAAGGAGGAUGUGGAUGUCGAGUUCACGGGGCCCGAUGGUUGGACUCCGUUGUAUACUGCCCAACGGUAUGACUCGGGCCGUAUAGAGUCAAUUCUGCACCAACAUGCUCAAAUCUCUUCAAAGCCAGCAGAAGGGCUGCAGAGGCCAACCAAGUGGCAUCCUCAGGAUUCAUACCGUAGUUUCGAGAUGGGACCCGAUGGCAACACCCUGAGUGUUCUGGGAGGGACCAAAUUUAUGUAUCGGACCGGGCUAGACAGUGCAAUCGUCAGGGCAGACUACCCCAUGCUGCCCCUUUACAAAGGCAGAGUCUACUAUUUUGAGCUUAGACUCACCAAAGUUGCCGAAAAAGGGUUCGUCGGCAUUGGAUUCUGCGAAGACAAGACUUCGCUGGAUAGAGCGCUCGGCUGGUUCCAGGGCUCAUGGGCGUUCUAUUCGGACGACGGCUGUCUUUUUGAGGACGGAAAUAAUCCAUGGACUGGAACUAAGUAUGCUGAUGCUUGCAGUGAGGCGGGCAAGGUCCUCGGGUGCGGAAUCAACUUUGCAACAGGCGAAGCAUUUUAUACCAUCGACGGAACAGCUGUCGGGCGGGCCUUCACCCAAAUUCGUGGCAAGUUGUACCCAGCCGUAACUAUGAAAGUGGCCUACGGAGGCUGGGAGGUAUCCGUUGUGUUCCCAGGAGAGGAUGGAAAGUCUGACGAUUUCAUGUACAAGGGGGAUUUAGAGAGCGAGGAUUUAACUCGGGAGGUUCAAACCCGCUAUUCUCAUAAGGACCUAGGCCGUGGAUUUGAGCUACCGUAA